UUUUGGUAAGCAGUCUGCUUAAUGCAGCACUUUGCGCCUACAAGCAUGUUGAUGGAGUCCGUAUCAUUACUUCUGAUAGAAGCUAUGCAGGAACCUCUGGGAAGAUAAGAUUUGGAGUUCGACAGGGAUCCAAGAGCUGUGAAACGAUUCGUGCAACGAUUGACGAACCAAAGCGAAACCUCCAUUACAGCGAAUACCGUCAGAGUAAAUUUGGCUCAUGUCGAUAUACCUUGUUUGAUACUUUGAAGAAACUAGAGUUUCGAGUGCUGUCUGACUCCGGGGAUGAUGCCUACAUUAACAUGGCAGCCAUUCUGAUAAAUGGGAGGUGGAGAGAGUGGAGAGGAUAUCAGGUUAAGGUUAACAAACAUGGUGAGGGUAAUGCUUGGCGAACUGCAAUAGAAGGAUGCGACUGCGAAAACAUCAAUGGUUAUGACUUCAAAGCUACCGACAUUGACUACGACAUUGAUGCUGGCAGAGUUUACUCAGCUAAACCUGAUUUUGUCGUCCACAAAGAACUUAAGAAUGGUGGCAGCAGAGAUUUGGUCGUUCCGAUAACUUCAACCAUUGAGGUGUCUGAGUCAAUAUCUUUUACUCACACUGCUGGUGCCUCAGUCACAGUUGGAACUUCAUUUGAAGUUGGAGUUCCUUUGAUAACUUCUGCUGAAAUUUCGACUGAGAUCAGUGCAUCAUAUGAGUUCAGCGCAGGUAAUGAUAAGACAGUAACAAAGACAAUGUCAGUUGAGUUUGCAUGCACUGCCCCACCAAGGAAGAGGGCUGUAUGUAAUGCUGUGAUGCUAAAGAACAGAGUUGACAUUCCUUACGUUUUGACAUGGUCUCACAAAAGAAUGGACGAAUGUAUUUGCAAAGAAAAGGGUAUUUUUGAAGAAGUAGUGGCAAACAGGAUAGAGAUGCAGGUUCAAGAGUUCGACCUCUCAAAAGUAGUCCAAGCAAAGCGAGAGGAUAUUACCGGAGGAUUUGAUAAUUUCAAGCGUGACUAGUAAGGAGAGGACUGACUAAAGUGUUUGAGGAUACAGAAAACUUAGAUAAGAAGAUAAUUCGACCACCUUUCAACUUAAUGAUUUAGGAUCUCACAGACAUU